UAGAUCGGACGGCCUUGCUCCACAGUUUAACGAUUGUAAGAGAAAUGAGUCACACACAUUUGGUAUUGAACAGGAAGUUGUGAGAAAAACUAAUAAAUGCACUUUAUUUUCCGUAUUUUUAUGUUAAACAUAAAAUAUGACAUAAACUGUACAUGUAUCGGCAAACCAAACUAAAAGGAUGUUGAUAAUUCUGUAGAUACUUGUUACAGCCAGUGCGCAUAAUUGUUUUUGGAAUACCGUGAUAAAAUAAAAAAGUACACGAUUUUGAAAACUUUAAAAAUAUUUGUAUAUGUCUUUAAUGGCGAAUUGUUCCAACGACUACCCUUCAACAGAUGUGUACUAUGCAGAUGUGCCUUCUGACCUUGUACUUGUUAUUGGUCUCUGCAUUGGAAGUGUGCUCAUGGUGGUGUGCAUUGCGAUAUUCGUCGAGGAAAUCGUGUUUAUACGUAGACACUACUGUGACAACGUCUCGACUGGACGGAAGAUGUUGGUUAUUCUUGGGCUAUUUCCAGUUAUAUGCACGACCCGAAUGGUAUCACUGUUUGUUCCAACUAGCAACGUGCUUCAGAAUCUUCUUUCUUCGUGCUACGUCGCAGUGUGUAUCUACACGUUCGUUUCGAUGACCAUCAGUUUUUAUGGCGGAAGUGAGAAGAUGAUAAGCAUUCUGUCAAAAGACAAGAUCAGUAUAAGCACCAUGCCAUGCUGCUGCUGCCUUUGUUGUGUAUUGAAACCAAUAACAAUGACAAUGACAUCCCUCCGCACGUUCGAGCUCCUUGCGAUGCAAGUGAUGUUCAUCCGACCAUUGCUACUCUGGAUUGCAGCUGAACUAUGGACGGACGGACAGUACGAAUCAACCCUUGAUUUUAAGAAAUCCUACAUAUACAUCACAAUCCUGUCGGCUAUCAGCACGAUGACGUCCGUGUAUGGCAUGAUCGUUAUCUUCAGGGCCUCGCGGUUACAAUUGUCUCACUUUUCCCUUGGCUUCAAGUUCGUACCUUUGCAAUCGGCCAUCAUUUUGGACGUCUUCCAGAGCUUGGUGUUCAACUUUCUUGCGGAUCACGAUAUUCCCGGGUGCCUUAAUUCGUUUGGCCCGAGACUAAGGGCAAGCAAUUUCAACAAUUUACUGCUGGUGUUGGAAAGUUUUAUACUGUGCUUGAUAGCUCGUAAAGGCUACCGAAUUGUGCCAUCAAAAUACGUCAUGGAUACAGAAACAACAGAAAGCGAUUCGAAGAAGUACCAUGACAACAACACUGCUAAUUCUGUCGAGUUUUAACAAUGAACACGCAUUUUGUGAACGUUUUUGUUGGGUUGUGUACUUUUUAAACAUGAAGAGACACUUGUGUGUGUGUGUGUGUGUUUCCUUUGUCAAAUCAAAACUUGGGGUUUUUAGACAAGAUCUUGAGAACUUGUUUUCAGUGCCAGUGGGGAUAAACUUAGGAUAUUAUGCAACCUAGACGGAAACCAUAUUCAACAAGCAAGCACAACCAUUUUUAUAAUUAAUCAAUUUAAUAAUAAUGAAUUAUAUUCAGUAAAUGUCACUUAACCUAAUUACAGUAACUCUGUGUUGUAUUUUAACCUUCCAACACAAAUCGGGCUUGAUAUGUAUAAGACUAUCUAAUAAAAACGUUUAUGCCAUAUGAUCUAUGAGAAAUGCCAUAAUAACCACUAAUGAAAUAAAUUCAGUUUAGUAGUGGAUCAAAAUAAGAACUGCCAAAUAGCAAUUCGGUUCUGGGGUCGUAUUCCAGAAACAUCUUAAGUCAUUUCUUAAAUAUUUUCACUUAAGUUCAAAAUUACAAUGUUUUGUAUUCCUUAACUAAAUAAAGACAUGCAUGUUUUUUUGGUAUUCCUCAAAUAACAUUGACAUAAUGAUCUUAUUUUGAUGUAAUUUUCGAUGCCUAACUAUUGCAGUAUGAAAUGAAACACUUAAGAAAAUUCUCAAUUUAAGAAUACAAAUAAAAUUUAACUUACUAUGCUUCUGGAAUACCACCCCUGGAAUAACAUUAAAUACGGGUAAAAUCUAUUAUUACUGAUGAGUUAAAAUGUUUUUGGCAAAUUUGCGAAUUUGCCUUUGGCCGUAUACAUUUUGGUUAAAAUUACCGCAAAGACACAUGUCUGUAUUGAUUAGUCCACAGGGAUAGCAAGGUGGGAUUCAAAAGUAGCAGGGUGUAGAACCAUGCUAAUUUUCUCUUCCGCUCGUUUAAUUGAAUUGUACCGGUAUUUGUUAUACAACAAAACAGAAUUGUAUUAAACUGUAUAACUAAAGAUUUUUAUGUCACGUGAUAUAUGUUUAUGUGCACUUCCCGAAAAGUGUAUUCCAUGCUUAUUAUUUCUUGUCGCAUGCUAGUUCAGAUUGAAUUUACAAUAUUUCGUGUCAAGAUCCCUAUCGUGUAAAGCUUUGCAAAACAUGCUUCAAAAACUUCCUGUUCUUUGUUUAUUAAAUCAAGAUAAAGAUACAAAACUUCCCUGUAAUUGUUAAAAGUAAUAGACUAUUUUUUUACUUAGGUAGGCCUCAUAAUGAUUUUCACACGUAUGUUGAUUUUUCAUCAAAGUCUUUUAACCACUAUCUAUUUUCUUCUGCCUGAUUUUAUAGUUGUCACCUUUCAAAUUUAGACCCAUUAAACGUACGUAAAAUAUUAAAUGAGCUUCUUCCUUUGCCAACCGUUACUAUUGAUUCAUCAUUAAAAAAACAAUUAUAUUGUCCUGACAAUUCGUAAUUGAAUGUAUAUUGAGUUAGAAUAACUAUAUAUGACUUUGUCAUUCGUUCCAAUUCAAUUCAAACAUGUAGAUAUUAUAAAUUGAAUUGUGUACAAAAUAUAAUGCAUAAGUAUGUUUUUUUUAAAUUAAAAUGUUUCAACCAUGAACGUAUAUGAAUAUUCGAAAACCUUGAGUGUUCGUAUAAUCAGGGGAUGCAAAUGGUUAAUAAAUACAGCCAAUAUAUUCUUUAUAUGUAUACAGAGUCUUAUUUCUUGUGAGACUUUAAUAAUACAUAAAGGAAAGUAAAGAAUAUGAACGAAAAUGUGAGCAGUACUAUGCAUACAAUUGAUAACACGCAAGAAGCUCAAAUUACAAAAAAAAAAUGAAAUCAAUGUGGUACAGUAAAUACAACUUAUACAUGUUCAUGCCAGUAUAUAUUAUCUAUCGCAUUUUCUUAACUGUUCGAAGUAAAAUGAUGUUUUUUAAAGGCCCUUGCACAAACGAAAUUUUGUGUUUGAGUUAUACUCGGGAAUGUAU